GGUGUGGGCCGUGCUGAUGAAGAGGCAGAAAAUGUCACUCUUCUUCUGGCAGCAUGGGAGGAGAACAUGGCAAAGGCACUGGUGGCCUGUAAGCUUUGCCGAUCCAUGGGCUACGAGGCCAAGAAGAGUGACGUGGUGGACGACUCCUCAGAGAAGCUUAAGGAGUACUCAAUUGAGUUUGGGACGUUAGCAGUGGACCUGCUGGAGGAGUCAUUCAGGCAGGAUGAGACCAUGGCCAUGAAGCUGCUCACCUACGAGCUGAAGAACUGGAGCAACUCCACAUGUUUGAAGUUGGCCGUCUCCUCC